GUGGUCUGGGGAUCCCGCCGAACGCGGAAGUCGUGGAUAUGGCAGAGGCAGGGAUUCGGGAGGCCAUGAAGGCUGCCACAGAGUUGUUGCCAGGAGUUGUAGCUCGGUGGAGAUCGCACGAAUGCGUGCCGCCACGCGAGGGGUCCCUGUUGCAGGCAGACGCCAGCUCCACGAAGCAUGUCCAGCUGGAACGUAUGUGGCACCCAGAGUGCAAACAAGCGUCCGUCACACCAUCGCUCCCCAAAUCGAGCAAGCCGGUGGUGGUGCUGACGCAGCUUGUUGAGGAGGCCAGACCUCUUGAGUCGAAGUUUCUCGGGCUGGGGCUCUUGGAUGAAAGCGGUGCCAACGACAACAAGCUGCUGAAGUUGGGGACGAACCUGUCGGAGAAGCUUGAAUUUGACAGCACGGCUUGGUGUGGAAGCAGGUGGCCAGAAGAUGCCUUCGUCAAAAUAUCGGGGGUCUCAAGAUUCGCUGGCGCAAUGCAGCAGGCCGUCUACAACGCUUGGGCGGAAAUGCAGACUUGGCAGGACGUGCACGUGCAACUCCGGGGGUCCAAGAUGUCGCAGGAGUUGACUGAGAUCCACGACCAGCUCAAGGCGAGAAUUGAGAAGGGCAGCAACAGCAUGCACAUGUUCAGCGAAGCCUUCUUGGUCGAUGACUGCCAGCUACAGUGGCAAAACUACCACGAGAUCAUCUACAAGUCGGCCGAGAACUUGGAGGUGAAUACAGACAGCCUCCAAAUUUACCGGCGCCAGGCCAAAGACGCCCUGUGGUACGCCACGAUGCAAAAGCUGGGCCGCGACUCCGAAGCUCUCUGCUCCUAUGAGAAUACCUGCGUGAAGACUUUCUGGUGGACAGCCGAGAAGUGCCACGUGACAGAUUCUUUGGAAAUCACGGUAGAGAAGCCGACAGGGCUGACGGAGUCGAAGGCCAGAUGCAACAUACUGCCACAUUGCCGCUUCAUCGUGUGCGAUGCUGACGCCGAAGGGGUCACCACAUGCAAGCUCUACUCGCUGCUGACUGGCACGUGGAGUGUCGAAGGUAAGACGGAGGAGUGUUAUGCCAAGCGUCCGCACUAUGGUCCGACGCAUGUGGGAUUUGAGGACUGGAAAGCCUCGGAACGGUCGGUGUUGGAAGCUCUGUGCCCUUUCUUGCUGGACGAACACCUGGUGGAUGAUUCUGCCGGCCACAAGACAUAUCCUGACACGGAGUGCAAAUACACCCGCCACUACGAGUACUUGGCAUGCUACAACCAGGAGAAGGUGCAUGAGAAGACAUGCGCAUCAGAAGGCAGUAUCGCCCUGGACCCGUAUGACGUGAACGCCGGUGAAGACCUCAAGAAGUCAACGCAGGAUGCGGAAGACGCGCGGAAAGAGCUCUUUAACGACACCUAUGCGCAGGGAAUAUUCGGCCAGUCCUUCAACAAACAGCUCCGUUCUGUCUUGACAGAGAUCGAGACGCACUCCGAGACCCUGGAGGCAGAUGUGGGCGAAAGCCGAAUCCCCAAGUCGCACGGAGAAGUCUGCAUGGUUUGGGGGCUUAAGGGUACUGUGUGCAGCAACAUGCGAUUACGAGAGAAGGCUGUUCCUCAGGCCUUGCUGCGGGCUCCCUCCUGA